AUGCAAAUGAUGAGGAAGCUUGCACCGACUGGAAUUGCUGCUGCUGAAAUAGAUGGAAUGACAAUUCAUUCAUUUUUAGGUGAACAACGCAAUUCAGGAAAGUCACGAAUCAUUAAACCAGCUGACUCAAAGCUUGAGAAAGAAUGGAGAUCAGUCGAAUAUCUUUUAAUUGAUAAGAUGAGUAUGGUUGGUUUAACUCUACUAGCAAAACUCAACCGAAUUAUUUCAACUGCAAAACAUGUCAAUCCUCAAGUUCCAUUCGGUGGUGUAAACAUUAUCUUCUUUGGUGAUUACUUACAAUAUCGACCUGUAUAUGAUGCACCAUUACAUACCGAUUUUUCAUUACCAUCCGAAAAGAAACAGGGUAAACUACUCACAGAAAAAGAAAUUCAACAACGUCUUGCACGUUCUUUAAUUCUUCAAAUUAACUGUGUGGUAAAACUUACUCAACAGAUGCGCACGGAAGAUUCAUGGUACCUUCAGCUACUUGAACGUCUUCAUCAUGGACAAUGUAAUUAUGACGACUAUGAACUAUUGCUGACACGAGUAGUUGGGCAACCAUCAGUAGGCUCUCUCUGUGAUUCACCAUGGAAUAAAGCUCCGACCCUUGUGUUCCGAAAUGAAGUACGAACACAAUUGAACAACAAGGCCGCAAUUCGCAAUGCAGCUCAACUAGGCGACGUCCCUAUGGUAUGCGUCGCUCAAGACAUUUGUAAUGGCAAACCAAUUGAAGAUUCUAUACUUAUAAAAAAAUUAUUGGAAUUAUCUGAUAGCAAGACAGAGCAUUUACCUGGUUUAUUACCUUUUGUUCCUGGAAUGCCUGUUAUUUUAACACAAAAAAUUGCUAUUGAACUUGGUCUUAUUAAUGGUAUUAAUGGAAUCUUUCGACAAUUAGUCUACCAGGCAGAUUCUGUAUCAACAAAUGUUUUAUCGGAAAUAUUUCCAAAAAAUACACAAUACAUUCAUCGACCAUUAUAUGCAUUAAUAGAAAUUGCCAAAAACCAAAAAUUGAAUCCAAUCUUGAAGAACUUCAACCAAAACUCGUUCCAAUACCAGUAA